CUGCUGCGCCUCAGCUCUUAGCGGCGGCGGCGGCGGCGGCGAGGAGCGCUCGGGCGGACUACUCUGCUUUCCCGCGCGGCGCCGCCUCCUGCCGCGCCUCCGCCUUCUUCUCGGCCCCGCCACCGGCUUCCUCCUCCUCAGACUGCCCUCAGCCCGCGCACCAGCCGGCUCCGUUAUGGCGACCCGCAGCCCCAGCGUCGUGAUUAGUGAUGAUGAACCAGGUUAUGACCUAGAUUUAUUUUGUAUACCUAAUCAUUAUGCUGAGGAUUUGGAAAAGGUGUUUAUUCCUCAUGGACUAAUUAUGGACAGGACUGAACGGCUGGCUCGAGAUGUGAUGAAGGAGAUGGGAGGCCAUCACAUCGUGGCCCUCUGUGUGCUCAAGGGGGGCUAUAAAUUCUUUGCUGACCUGCUGGAUUACAUCAAAGCACUGAACAGAAAUAGUGAUAGAUCUAUACCUAUGACUGUAGAUUUUAUCAGACUGAAGAGCUACUGUAAUGACCAGUCAACAGGUGACAUAAAAGUAAUUGGUGGAGAUGAUCUCUCAACUUUAACUGGAAAGAAUGUCUUGAUUGUUGAAGAUAUAAUUGACACUGGCAAAACAAUGCAGACCUUGCUUUCCUUGGUCAAGCAGCAUAAUCCAAAGAUGGUCAAGGUUGCAAGCUUGCUGGUGAAAAGGACCCCGCGAAGUGUUGGAUAUAGACCAGACUUUGUUGGAUUUGAAAUUCCAGACAAGUUUGUUGUAGGAUAUGCCCUUGACUAUAAUGAAUACUUCAGGGAUUUGAAUCAUGUUUGUGUCAUUAGCGAAACUGGAAAAGCAAAAUACAAAGCCUAAGAUGAGAGUUCAAGUUGAGUUUGGAAACAUCUGGAGUCCCCUUGAAGUCACCAGGAAAAUUAUCAGAUGUUCUAGUUCUGUGGCCAGCUGCUUAGUAGAGCUUAUUGCAUGUAUCUUCUAAGAAUUUUAUCCGUUCUGUAUUUUAGAAAGGUCAGUUGCUGCAUUCCCUAACUCUUUAUUUGCACUAUGAGCCUAUAGAGUAUCAGUUCCCUUUGGAUGGAUUGUUGUUUGAUUUGUGAAUGAAAAAUCUCUUAAACCACACCACUAAUGAAUGAAAAUAUUGAAAUUGUAUCUGUAAGAAACAUUGAAAGAGGAGAAUAUAUUAGUUUUUUAAUUGGUAUUUUAAUUUUUAUAUAUUCAGGAAAGAACAGAAGUGAUUGAAUAUUGUUAAUUAUACCACUGUGUGUUUAGAAAAGCAGCAGUCAGUUUCAUAUCAGUGACAGCAUUUAGAGGUAUUGUUAUGUCGGAUAAACCAUAUGUCCUGGAGUUAUUUUAGUAGGUUUCAGUAGUAUUAACUGUAUUUUCCCGCUUGUUCAGAUUAUUUCUGGAGAAUCUUUGUCAACAGUUCCUUUUAAAUACAGGUCAAUACGUUCUAAAAACCUACCACUUUUUGAAGUCUUCAAUGUAAAAAUCCUUAAAAUAAAGGCUGUCUCUUUAAAAGAAA